CGUCAGGCGAACGGGUCAUUCCCCGGAACGGUGGCCCGCCUAGCGGGAAACGCUCGCGUGCUGUUGACAGUUACUUGCAAAGUUGUAAUUUGUACUUUGACAGGUCGGAGCUGACGUGUUUUCGUUUCUUUCGACACAAUCAGGCUCCGCACGGGAAAGCGCUCAUCACCGUGAAAUUGUCCAGUUUUGGCAAGUCGCGUUUUGUUUUAUGUUUUCCGGAGUUUGGAGCGUGGCCGUUGCAAACGUGAUUUUUAUGUGAUUGAGGAAUUUGGGCGCGUGACAAUCGAAAAAUUCAGGUAAAAUGGCUUUGAUGACUAUGAUCGCUCGCGUAAUUGACGGUCUGCCGCUUGUUGGGACGAUGCAGGAUGACGAGCAGUCAGGACGAAGCAUUCUCGAGUACCAGAACCAGGCGAAGAUGCUCUUCCGGAAGCUGGGAUCACACUCGCCGGCGCGAUGCAGUAUUGAGACAGGACCCUAUCUAUUCCAUUAUUUAAUUGAAAAUGACGUUUGCUACCUGGUCAUGUGUGAUAAAAUGUACUCGAAGCGGUUGGCGUUCAACUACUUGGAGGACUUGGCACAGGAAUUCUACAAAAACCACGGGCGGCGCGUGAACUCCGUGACGAGGCCCUACGCGUUCAUCGAGUUCGACAUCUACAUCCAGAAGGCACGGAAACAGCUGACGGAUCGCAGGAGAAACAUAAACACCAUCAACACACAAUUGCAGGACGUGCAGCGGAUAAUGGUGCAGAAUAUUGAUGAUGUGCUGCAACGGGGAACGGUAUUAUCGGAACUUGAUACGAAAACUCAGAACCUAUCUAUUAUGUCGCAGAAAUACAAAAAAGACGCAACAUAUUUAAAUCGUAAAUCGAUGUAUGUGAAAGCAGCUGCGAUUGGAAUAGUUUUUAUCGUUUUCAUUUUAUAUUUUUGGGUUCUAUAGGUCUUUAGUCCUCCUGACAAUAAAUUUAUAUAAAUAUAUUUAAUGAAAAGAGAGAACGCAAAAAACAAAAUAAGAGAUCGAAGAAAGUAUGAGAAAAUACAGAGAAAAAAUAUAGCCAGGAUGAGAGAUAAUAUUCGAAUUUUUGUUUUGUUUCCUUUGCUCCAAUUUUAAAUCAAAUAAGCAUGAAAAAGGGAAUGAAAAAUUGACCACG